AAAAUUUUAUCUGACAGAUGACGUAGAACGUCACAAAGUUUGAGAACGAGCCAGACAGACAAAAGGGGGCAGAAGAAGAAGAAGAAAAAAUCACAUAGACCACUCACUUGUUUUGUUUGAUUUCAUUUUCUUUUGGUUUCUGAGCAUCCUUUGGUCAUCGUACAGCAUGGAUUCGAAAAUCGCCAAUAUUUCUGUAAUAUUUUUCGAUCUGGACAACACACUAAUAACAACCAGAAAAGCAGAUAAAUUGGCGUGCAACAAGCUAAGCGAAAUAUUAUGGGAGAAGUAUGAGGUUCAGGUGGAGACGUCAAUUGCCAUCUGCAGCAAAUACUUGAAAGCUUUCCGCAAGUGUCCGGAUAAUCCGUCCGUGGAAUUGCAUGCCUGGAGGAGGAAGCUGUGGAUGCAAGCUCUUGGAGAUGAAUAUACCGCCAUUGCUGGCGAGGUAUAUUUGAAAUGGCUACAGCUCCGUUACCAUUAUUUAGCGCUGACCCCGGACGUGCAAAUGUUGUUAAAGAAACUGAGGCUCCAUUUCCGGUUGGGCCUGAUUACCAAUGGGCCCUCGUGCGCGCAGUGGGAGAAAGUUGAGAGGUUGAAUUUAAAGGGUUAUUUCGAUUUGAUCGUUGUCUCUGGGGAUCUUCCGUGGGAAAAGCCGCAGCACGAGAUCUUCCACGAGGCUUGCAGGUACUUGGGGGUGGAGCCCGGGGAGUGUCUGAUGGUGGGCGACAAACUCGAGACAGACAUCUUGGGUGGAAAGCAAGCAAAUCUUGCUGGAACAGUUUGGAUACCGCUGGUCACGGACUCGCCCGAAAGAGCAGCAGAUUUCCAUCCAGAUUUCAUUAUCAGCAAGGUUACAGAUUUACCUGGCCUCUUACCACAAAGAACCGCUCCAGUUUUCAGGCAACAGAAAAAUGUUGUUUUCAGACUCUCCCGGGAUCAACUUCUCGACGACGAUGACUGCAGCAACAACAGCUGUUGAUCGUGGAAGUACUACCACACGCCCCCACAUCGUUUAGACAAUAAGUAUAUACGUUUUUUUUUCUAUUUUAUAUAUCGUUUUUAAUACCAUGAUAACACGCUUACCAUCUUGUGCAAUUGAGAUUUUAACUUGCCGAAAGCUAUUGGAAGUAUUAGACUUAAUUGAUUUAACGAGGGAUCUGCCUUUAUAGGAUGGUGGUGCUAUCUACAUAAAUAUACAAUUUUUCGAUAUCGUUAGUAUAGAUAUUGAGAACUUUGUUACGUUCUCCCCGAAAACAAAUCUUGGUUAUAUAUAUAUAUCUCGAUUAUUUCCUAUAUACUACAAGAGAUGACUAGCAAUGUUUGGCAAACAUUAUUACAAAUAUUAUAAAACAGAGUAUAUUAAUUAUAAGCAGAGUUACCAUUAUAUAAAAAAAUAUGUACAAUGAUGCAUGCAAAUUGACUAUGCAUACAAUAAGUAUACAUUAUAGCUACCUGAGUUGCGAUGUCAAUUGUAAUGCGAACAGGGUUAAGAGGUGGAAUAAGUAUAUUUUUAUAUUCUAGAGAACAUUAACUCGAUGUGCGGUUCAUAUUGUUGAAUCACGAUUUAUAUAUAUUUCGCAUGUGAUCGAACGGUAAGAACCGGUGAUAAACCAAUAAAAGAUACUAAUAUUCGUCAAUUUGGGUGUAUCAUUGUGAUGAAAGGUAUAGUAUAAGAAAGAUGAAUAAAUCAGAAGACAUCUGAUAGAAACGAAGUGCAAAUUUCAUUAUAUUUUAUAAUUUUCUUAUAUUUAUAUAUUCACUAAGUUCGAUUUUCUUUCACAUUUUUUUUACUUGGCGUAAUAAUCUUAAAAUGCUUUUUAAAUUCAUCCUUCAUUUCUUCGCAUAUGAUUGAAUUGGAAUAAAACACAAUCGAUGUACCCCAUCACAAUUUCCUCUCCUCAAUUGAUUUGUACCUGAUUAAAAAGAUUUAUUUUAUUUACUUUAUAUGUAAUU